AUGGCUGUCUUUCUUUUGUUGUUGAUGUGUGGAAUCUCGUAUUCUUGGUGGGUUUUGCCAAAUUUAGCAUAUAGGAAGCUUAAAGCAAAUGGGUUUUCAGGGCCAAAACCUAGUUUUCCUAUGGGAAAUUUAAUCGAGAUCAAGAAGAAGAAUAGAAUUGUCUCUUCCUCUUCUUUAAGCAUAUCCCAUGAUAUCCACUCAGUUGUAUUCCCUUACUUUGCCCGGUGGCAGAAAUUGCAUGGGAAGGUAUUCGUAUAUUGGCUAGGGAUAGAACCAUUUCUUAACAUUGCAGAUCCAGAAUUCCUAAAGAAAAUGUCUGCAGAUAUAAAAGGUAAAGAUUGGGGAAAACCAAGUGUUUUCAAGAAUGAUAGAGAACCCAUGUUUGGCAGUGGCCUUGUAAUGGUCGAAGGCGAUGAUUGGGUACGCCACAGACAUGUCAUUACUCCUGCAUUCUCUCCAUCCAACUUGAAGGCUAUGGCUGGUUUAAUGGUUGAAUCGGCAACAAAUAUGUUAGAUCGGUGGAGUGCUCUCAUUGACUCCGGCAAGCCAGAAAUUGAUUUCGAGAAAGAAAUCAUACAGACCGCCGGAGAAAUCAUAGCAAAAACAAGUUUCGGAAUAAGCUAUGAAAAUGGACAAAAAGUGUUUGAAAAAUUAAGAGAAUUGCAAAUCAUUCUUUUCAAAGCCAACAAUUAUGAGGGGGUGCCCCUUAGCAAGUUCAUGAACCCUAAACAAACCCUAAUAGCAAAGAAUCUUGGAGACGAGAUUGAUGUCCUCCUCGCAUCAAUAAUCGGCGAUCGACUCAAGUUGAACCAGGGGCAACCUCAAAACGACCUGCUCGGCCUAUUGCUGCGCAAGAACGACGUGGUGGGCCACCCUGGGACAACGUUGACGACACGGGAACUUGUUGAUGAGUGUAAAACAUUUUUCUUUGGGGGGCAUGAGACUACUGCAUUGGCACUGACUUGGACAUUGCUCUCAUUGGCUAUGAAUCCCGAAUGGCAAAAUCAGCUUAGAGAGGAGAUUAGAGAAGUGAUUGGAGAUGGAGAGAUUGAUGCCACAAAGGUUACUGGAUUGAAGAAGAUGGGAUGGGUUAUGAGUGAAGUACUAAGACUCUAUCCACCGGCACCAAAUGUUCAAAGGCAAGCAAGACAGGACAUUAAAGUGGACAAUAAUUUUACAAUCCCAAACGGCACAAACUUGUGGAUCGACGUUGUAUCCAUGCAUCACGACCAAGAUUUAUGGGGUGAAAACGUUAAUGAAUUCAGACCAGAAAGGUUCGAGGAUGAUCCCUUAUAUGGAGGAUGCAAACACAAAAUGGGGUUUUUGCCAUUUGGGUUUGGAGGAAGAAUGUGUGUAGCUAGGAAUUUAGCCACCAUGGAAUAUAAGAUUGUGUUAACCUUAAUACUCACUAGGUUUUCAUUCUCUAUAUCCCAGAUGAUGAAUGUUGGUGAGGCUAGUGAUAGGAACAGAGGUUGGUUGUGGCCUGUGGGUGGGUUUCAGGGGAAGAUGAAGACACGGGCCUGUCCAUUGGAGCAGAGGAGGAGAUACGGGACUGGCCAUUAG